ACGAGGAUUUGAUCAGAUUUGAUUUAUAUAUAAACAAAAUUAGUGGGAGAAAAGGUUUCGGUUUCACAAAGGAAAAAUACACUUAUGAACAAUCUGAUAGUAACCAAACUUUACAUUUGGGCAAUACCUACAUGUAUCAGCUGCUUAUACUGUUUUCAAUAUGUUAUGGUUGCAGAUGAAUAACAGUGAAAUAAGCAGUACCAAUUCUACCAUAAACAUUACAAAUUCAGAAGAACUGCUACGGACAUUGAACGAUAAGCUUGCCUUUCGAUAUCUACCGGUUAUCAUCUACAUGUUUGUACUUAUUUUUACUGGAUUACUUGGGAAUCUUCUUGUUAUUAUUGUGUAUGUUCGAAAGAAAACGAAAUCUUCACUCGACUUCUUUAUUAUUAAUCUAGCGGCGUUGGAUCUAUUGACGGUUGUUAUCGGUAUGCCGACGGAAAUUGCCGAUCUUCGGUAUCCUAUUAUGUUUAACGCACCUAUUGCUUGCAAGGUACUACGAACAGUAGAAUCGUUGUCUAUAAAUAGUUCAAUAGUUACGUUAAUGGCAGUAGCUAUUGAUAGACACAACCGAAUAUGUAGAUAUGGUAAACAAAUGACAAUACAAAAUACAAAACGAAUUUGCGUUAUAGCUAUUGCAGUGGGAAUUAUAACAUGUUGGCCAGCAGCCAUAGUUCUGGGGAUGAAAACGAAAGAUGUUGGAAUUCCUAGUAUUUCUGGGGUGGAUUGUUCAACGGACGAUUCAAUGAAGGGUACAAUAUAUCCCCUUCUUUACUAUGGAUUAUUGUUCCUUUAUUUUGUUGUCUGUGUUGUAUUUUUCACAGUUAUUUACACUAAAAUCAUUCUGUUUAUUAGAAACCAAAGGAAUAAAGGAAAUAUAUCAAAACCUAACUUGAUGAAAAUAAAUGAACCAAAGUCUUCGUCGGGCGAAACAUCUUUUACAGAUAUUGAAAAUGAUCACGAUUGUCACAAGGAAAGACAAAGACAUAAAGUUCUUACAGACCGUGGUCAUCAAAAGCUAGAAGAGAAGAAAUCUACACAUACUAUUCGUGCUAAAACUUCUUUAAUGCUUGGGAUAGUAACCGUUGUAUUAGUUCUCAGCUUUCUUCCUUUUCUUACUGUGAUGGUACUUAGAUAUAUCAUCAUAAAUUUUGAGGAUAUUUUGUCUGAACCCGCAGACGUGUUUUAUCAGUUCUGUUUAAAAUCCUAUUUCAUCAAUAAUUCGGUGAAUCCUAUCAUCUAUAGUUUUUUUAAUGUUCAGUUUAGAAGAGACGUUAUGAAAUUAUUUUCAAAAAUAACCACAUGUUGUAGAACACAAUCUUUUGAUAUUCAGCAAUAAGUAAAUAACACUAAAAGGUACGCCUCGAACUAUUUGCUAGUCAGAGAGUUACCUGGUGCUUGAUAUGAAUAAUUUACCUGGAACUAAUAUCCUUACGUCGUAACUACAAUCCCCGUCCCUUUGAUGAAUGUGACCUACCGAAUUAGGCUAUUAACCGUUUUUGUUAUAAUAUGAGCAACACGACGGGUGUCACACGUGGACCAGGAUCUGCUUAUCCUUCCGGAACACCUGAGACCACCCCUAGUAUUUGCCGUAUACAGUGCAGGAAAUGCUUACCCUUCCGGAGUGCCUUAUUUCACUCCCGGUUUAUAGUGGAAUUCAUGUUGUUUCUUAUUUAUUAUUUAUUGAUGUCAAUGUCCUUUAGUUUUGUGAGUCUUUGUUUACUUCUUGGUUUUGAUUGUCAUUGUCUUUGGUGGUGUUCGUGUUACUUAUUCUUUGGUUUUCUAUGUUGUGUCAUGUACACUCCAUACUUAAAUAUACGACAAAAAAGAUGAUUUUUAUUCCCUAUAGUUAAUUUUCACAUUUUGGUUGUGAUGUUCCUUUGGCACCAUCUUACGACUAGUUCGCUAUACCCGUAUCUGUUUUGAAGUUUUUGGUUUUAACGAACAGAAUCUAUGUAAUACUGAUAAAUUAUUAAGUCAGGAAUUUUGUAAGAACAAAUGAUUUAAAAAACUUUACUAAAUUCUUACAUUGAUAUAAAGAUAUUGUUUUUAAGUUUGGUUGUACCUGGAGAAAACUUAUUUAAAACGGGUAAGCACAUCUUCAUUUUUACGGAAAUGCUGUGUACCGUGCCCUGAAAUUUAGAAACGAUAUCCUGAUAAACUUAUCGAUCCUUAAAAUAAACUUAA